AUGUUCGGCAUUCCGAAGUUCUUUGGCUGGAGAGGCCGGUCUCUCAACCUGGCUAUCAGUUCCCUUGGUAGUCUUGACUUCUUGCUUUUUGGUUAUGAUCAAGGUGUCACGGGUGGUCUGCUAGACCUGCCAUCCUUCAUCAAAUACUUCCCCGAUAUCAAUCCUAACGAUCCAUCAAUCGCCGGUGCCGAAUUCCAACCCGUUCGAUCGCAGCGCAGUUUGAAUCAAGGCAUUGCAGUCGCAUCGUACAAUCUGGGAUGUUUCUUCGGCGCCGUCCUCACCAUCUUCAUCGGUAAUCCGCUUGGUCGUCGAAGGACUAUCUUCUGUGGCUGUGUAAUCAUGGCUACUGGCGCCCUCCUGCAAUGCACCGCGUACUCUCUACCCCAUUUCAUUGUUGGUCGUAUUGUCACUGGUGUUGGUAAUGGCAUGAAUACAAGUACCGUACCGACAUGGCAAUCCGAGUCAGCAAAGGCACACGAUCGUGGUAAGAUGGUGAUGAUUGAGGGUAUGCUCAUCACUGGAGGUAUCACUCUUAGCUACUGGAUCAACUACGGCAUGUCAUUCAUCGGGCAUAAAGAGGUCGCCUGGCGCUUCCCUCUCGCUUUCCAGAUCACAUUCGCUAUCAUUAUCUUCUGCUCUAUUCUUAACCUGCCCGAGUCCCCAAGAUGGCUUGUCAUGCAAGGCCGGACAGAUGAAGCUUUGGAGAUUCUCGAGUGUCUAAAUGAGAAAUCUCGGGAUGACCCCUACAUCAAGAAUGAGCUCAUCGCCAUCGAGGAAACCGUCAAGGAAAUGAACAAGGGCUCGUAUAGAAGUCUGUUCAAGAUGAGCGAGUAUCGAGAAUUCCAUCGCGUGGCACUUGCCUAUGUCAAUCAGAUGUUCCAGCAGAUUUCCGGGAUUAAUCUGAUCACUUACUACGCCCCUUCACUGUACGCCGAGAUUGGUCUUGGAAGCGGCAACCUUCCAAAGUUGCUAGCUGCUUGCAACGGCACGGAGUACUUGAUGGCUGCAUUUAUCCCUAUUUUCAUUAUCGAGAAAGUUGGACGUCGUCCACUGAUGCUGUUCGGCGCCGCCGGCAUGUCGAUUUCAAUGGCCGUCCUAGCUGGCACCAACUACCGCUUGACCGUACUCAAUGAUAGUCGCGCCGGUAUCGGACAAGCAGUGUUCCUAUUCGUCUUCAACACCUUCUUCGCUAUCGGCUGGCUCGGAAUGACCUGGUUGUACCCGGCCGAGAUCGUACCUCUACGAAUCCGCGCCCCAACCAACGCACUAGCCACCAGCGCCAAUUGGAUCUUCAACUUCAUGGUCGUCAUGAUAACCCCCGUUGCAUUCGAAAAUAUUGGAUACAAGACCUAUGUCAUUUUCGCUGUCAUAAACGCAUUCAUGUUCCCAUGUGUAUACUUCUUCUUCCCUGAGACUCGAUACCGUUCCCUGGAAGAGAUGGAUGCCAUCUUCAAGAAGUCUACUAAUGUCUUCAACGCCGUUACUAUCUCCGUUAAGGAACCUUAUCGCUACGAUAAGCACGGCGAGCUCAAACCUGAGUAUCUUGAGGAGGCCAUCCGUCAUGCGAGCGUUGAUGUGCAUAUCGCCGGCGAGAAGCUUGAUAGCGAUGAGAGUGGUCAUGAGAUCAAGUCUUGA